AUGACAGUGCCUACCCCCCAGAGUCCUUCCCAACAUUUUCCGGACCUCCCUCAGUUCUCCGGGUUCAUGAAGCCAUGCCGCCUGGAAGGCAAAGUGUCCAAUCUCGAAGUGUACGGGGAAAUUCCCCAGGACAUUGACGGGACUUUCUAUCGCGUGAUGCCAGACCCCCAGCUACCACCAUUCGUGGAAAAUGAUGAGUGGUUCAAUGGCGAUGGAAACAUCACAGCGUUCCGUAUCUUGGACGGUAAAGUGUCGUUCCAACAAAGAUAUGUUCGAACAGAGAAAUUCGUACGGGAGAGAGCGGCUGAGAGGGCCUUGAUUGGGAAGUAUCGCAACAAAUUCACCGAUGCCGUGAGGUUCAAAAUUCGCUCGACGGCCAACACGAAUGUGGUCUAUUUUAACGGUAACCUCUUGGCCUUGAAGGAAGAUUCUCCACCGUAUGCGCUCGAUCCGGAGACCCUCGAGACGUAUGGCCUAUAUACUUUCAAUGAUCAGCUGCCCAGUAUGACCUUUACCGCACAUCCCAAGUUUGACCCCCGAACCGGGGAGAUGAUCUGCUUCGGAUAUGAAGCCAAAGGGGAUGGCACCCCUGAUAUCUGCUACUACAGCGUUGCACCCGACGGCAGAUUUUUGCAGACGGUGUGGCUUUGCGCUCCAGUGGUGGCCAUGAUCCAUGAUUUCGCCGUGACCGACAACUGGGUACUUUUCCCAAUUAUUCCCCAGGUUUGUGAUAUCGAACGGCUAAAGCGAGGCGGUGACCACUGGCAAUGGAGCCCUGAGACUCCCUUUUAUAUCGGAGUUCUUCCUCGCAGGGGAGCGAAGCCGACCGAUGUCAAGUGGUACACCUACCGAAACUGCUUCCCUGGUCAUACUUCCAAUGCAUACGAGGAUGAGUCGGGUAAGAUCAUUUUGGACCUCGGGAUAAGCAACGACAACGCCUUCUUCUGGUGGCCAGAUGCUCAAGGUAAUGCGCCUGAGCCUAGCUCUAUUGCGACACAGCUCAAAAGGUUUACUAUUGAUCCCUUGUCUCCUUCCCUGGAUCUAAGCCUGGGCAAUCCUUCGGUGAUUCAGAGCGACAACUGCGAGUUUUAUCGGAUUGACGACCGAUUCGCCACCCAGCCGUACAAACACUGUUUCUUUGAUAUGAUGGACGUAACGCUGGGAACCGAUUUUGCAUCCAUCAGCGCUCAGCUGGGAGGAGGGCACCCGCUCUACAAUGCGGUUGGGCAUCUGGAUAUAACCACUGGCAAAACGGAUGUGUAUUUCCCAGGGAAGACACAUAUGGUACAGGAACCUAUCUUUAUUCCUCGACGAGGAUCAACUGCUGAAGGGGACGGAUAUGUGAUGAUGUUAGUAAACAACUACUGCUCUAUGGCCAGUGAGUUGCACUUAGUGGAUACACGGGAUUUUACCAGGGCACAAGCGGUGAUUCUAUUGCCCGUUCGGUUGAGGCACGGACUACAUGGAAAUUGGGUAGCUCAGGAAGACAUGCACCCGAAAGCCUGAUCAUAGCCGGUGGAGAGAUCGAUUUUCCAGUGCUAAACUAUAGUCGGG